AUGGACACCCAACUGAGUGUAGUACUGCGCCAGAACGAUCUCCUUAUCAACACCGGUCUGCACCAAGACGACUUGGACUACGUAGCAGCAUCAAAGGCGGGACUCGCCAAACCAAAAGCGGUCUCGUACGAAGCGUUCGAACGACUCGCGAGGUCUCAAUGGAACAUGAUGUCGGCGAUCCGACAUGUAGCCGCUCCACGACCUCAGGCGAUGGCGGGCACCACAACAAUGCCUCCUGGUCCCACUCGCCUUGCCGAUCGAUUGAAUGAAUGA